AUGGGGAAGAAGGGCAAGGCGGCGGCGAGGGAGCGGCGGGAGCAGCGGCGGCAGGAGGUCACCCUACUCCGCUCCGUCCCAUACGAGCCCGGCCAGCGGUGGUGGGACGGCCUCGCGCCUGCGCGCGCCGUGGCGGUGGUGACGGGGGCCAACCGCGGCAUAGGCUACGAGAUCUCCCGCCAGCUCGCCCACCACGGCCUCCACGUCGUCCUCGCCUCGCGCGACGCGGCGCGCGGCCAGGAAGCCGCAGAGAGGCUCCUCCGGGAAGGGGCGGCGGCGGGCGACGCGAGCGUGGACGUGGAGUGGCGGCAGCUCGACGUGACGGACGCCGCGUCCGUGGAGGCCUUCGCGGCCUGGACGGCGCGGACCCACGGCGGCAUCAAUAUCCUUGUUAACAAUGCAGGUGUCAACUUCAACAGAGGAGCAGAUAACUCUGUUGAAUUUGCUGACCAAGUUAUCGAGACAAAUUAUUUUGGUACAAAACGGAUGAUUGAAGCCAUGAUGCCAUUAUUCAAACCUUGUCCGUAUGGUGGCCGUAUAGUGAAUGUGAGCUCAAGGCUUGGUAGGGCCGAUGGCAGACGCAAUAGAAUUGGUGAUGCAAGCCUAAGAGAGCAACUAUUAAGCGAUGAUCGUUUGUCUGAGGAGUUGAUUGAUGGGAUGGUCAUGAAAUUCCUUGAACAAGUGAAGCAAGAUACUUGGUCCUCCAUCGAGUGGCCUCAAAUGUACACGGACUAUUCCGUCUCAAAGCUCGCUGUAAAUGCAUAUACAAGAUUCGUGGCAAGGAGGCUUUUGGACAGGCCUGAAGGCCACAAGAUUUACAUCAACUGCUUCUGUCCUGGCUGGGUAAAGACAGCUAUGACUGGUUGGGAAGGGAAUAUUUCAGCUGAAGAAGGUGCUGAUACUGCAGUUUGGAUCGCCCUAUUACCCCAGGAACAGUCUACUAUUGGCAAGUUCUUUGCCGAGAGACGUGAGAUGAACUUCUGAGGUGACUAGUUUUUACCUCAUUAUACUCACAGCUACAGGUAGGCAUUUUCCAUAGUUUGCCGCAGGCUACAAGUAGAGAAAGCCACGACUUGUAUGU